UUGGUUGGUUAAUAUUUUUUUCUCAUUCAUGGUAACUCGGGUUAAGAACAAUGAAUUAAUUGUUUUCUAAUUGAUUUUAUUUUGUGAAUGAUUAAUUUUUACAAUAACCAUUUACAUCUGAUCAUCUCAUCUUUAAUCUCAACUAAUCCUAAGUGGAGGUUAUUUUAUUUUCCCUUUAUAAAAAGUUAAUCAUCUGAAAGAGCAAAAUAUUCACUUUAUUGGUUUGGUUUUUUCUCUUUCAACUUUUUUCUCUUUUUUUUGUUGUAUUGUGAUUGUUAAAUUCAAUUAAUUUACACUUAAUUGGAAUCAUUUGUUUCUCUAUUUUCGACCCUGAAUUUUUCAUUAACUUAUCGGUGAUCUAAUUUAAACUUUGGUUUCUUUUUAAUUGUUUUGCCCCGUUCGAGAGAGAGAGAGAAAAAAUAGAAAGAGAACUCACCAAGUAUGUAUGAUCCACACAGUAAAACGGACGAUUCAAGGGACAGUAAAUUGGCCUCUUUCGCUAGUCCCGGUUCUGCUUUUUCAUCUUCCUUUAAUCUUUCAUCUACAAACAGUCACCAAUUAUGUUGUUUAACUGAAGAUGGUUCUCGGUGUAAUCGAGUUGCUGGUAAUGCUUCAUAUUCUAAACGAAUACAGAGAACAGUUCAACAAAAGAAAUUACGUUUAAGUAUAGACAAUUCUGCUCGCCAUGUUUAUAUUUGUGACCAUCAUAAGAAUAUGAUUCAAAGUAUUCGUAGCUGUGUAAGGAGAAGAAGAAAAGAUUCUUGUGAAGAUGAGAAUGGAACCAAUUCAAAUGAUGGUUAUUCCUCAUUCGUGGACAACAGAGGCAAUUUAAUCAAUCAAACAAACGUUUCUGGUCCUGCCAAUGGUUCAGCUUCAUUUGCUAGUGGUAGUGGUAUUGGUGGUGGUUGGUUCUGUGUUUCUGGUGUUGGUGUUGGUGUUGGUGGUGGUGGUGGUGGUGGUGGUAUUGCCAGUGGAAUAGGAUCAAGUAAUACUGGAAGUGGUGUUGGCAGAAAUGAUUUAUCAUCAAAUAAUAAUCCAUCUAAUGAAGAUCUUCCUCAAGUGGACCUUUCAACCCUUCAAAUGAAUACCUUGAGAAGAUACAAACGACACUAUCGAGUUCAAACACGACCUGGAAUCAAUAAAUCAUCAUUGGCAGAUACUCUUCUUAAUCAUUUUAAAACAAUUCCCAUCGAUGAAAAAGAAGCCAUUACUUAUUUUAUCUACAUGGUUAAAUGCAAUCGAAACAAAAUAGAUCAAAAUAAAGGCUUAACAACAUCUAAUUCUGGUUUACCCUAUUCGAGUGGUUUAAUUGAUCAUCACAACACUUGAUGAAAAUAGGAGAAGAAGAAGAAAAAUUAACGAGAAAAAAAGGACUAAAUCAAUUCAAUGUAUAUUAUUAAUCCAUCAAGACGACAAUUAGUGACACUCUCAUCUCUGAUUGUUUUUCCUUCUGAUUCUUCAUUUUUUUUUCUAUCAUCACUUUUAUCGAAAUUUAUUUAUUACUAUCUCAUUUUUUUUUCUCUUCCUAUUUCCAUAUGUUUACAAUUCUAGCAUUGAUCAGAACUCAUAAUUAAUUAUUCUGUCGACUAUUAAAGUUUCAUCAAUGAGAAAAGAAACUAAUCAUUGUACCAUUUAAUU